CGUGCCUUUUAUUGGCAGGACCAGAUGACAAGGAUACAACGGAGGAAUGACCUACGGAUGCUCUCCGGAUUUUAUUUCUCCAUUGACUAUGGGAGAUUCUGCUCCGUCUUGAUGGAUUUUGGUUGGAUGAGGACAAACGGAGGGAGAGACAAGGGUUAUUUUUAGUUUUUAACCCAAACUUGAUUUCCAAAUAACUUGUCCUAAACCUCUUUAGGGGAGAGACUGUCAUUUUGGCCUUUCGAUGCCGACUGUUAGUGGUGUCAAGGCGCUGUACCAAUGUUCUAUCUGCAUCGCCAUCAUAAAAAAGAAAGAAAGAAAGAAAGAAAGAAAGAAAAAAGGAAGUUGAGAAUCUUGAUUGCAAAUUUUUGAACAAGAGGGGGCCAUAAAAAAGCGUGAGAACUUUAAGAGAUCAAAGGAUUUUUUUCUAAAAUAAAUUUUUUAACUUUCAUUCCAAGUCAAUCUUACCAUAUCGAGACAGAGCGACCUGCUUGUUCCGGACCGGAGCCUAGCACUGCGCCACCAGGGAAACGUGUGCGUUGCGAUUCGACCCGGCGGCAUCCCUCGUUCUCCACUCGGUCGGCCCGCCGCCCGCCCAACCAACGAAAAACCCGGAGAGCAACGAGCUCACACUCCGAAUCACUCUCUCUCUCCAUGAAAACCCCUUCCUCUCUGGUCUUUUCCUUGUUCCCUUUCUCCACCUCCCUUCCCUUCUCCUCUUCUCCUCUUCCUUCGCCGCGAGAUGUUCGUCUCCGCUGCCUAUUCCUCUCCACCAGCUUCUUUCUUCUCCUCCCCUCUUCUCUUCCGAUCUCGCGGCCUAUCGCCAUUCCCCACGGCGUUGGGCUGGAAGAUGAAGGAGAUUAGGAGGCAAUUGGUGAAGAAUGGAAACCAGGGAGGUAGGAGAGUGAGGGGCGUGUGCCGGGCAGAGCUUUCCCACGACGCCCCUUUUGCAGUUGCGAUUGGCGCCUGCGUCCUCAAUUCGCUCGUCUUUCCGAUCCCGUCUGGCAGCGCCGACGAUGAGGAUGGCGGUGGGGCGAUUGAUUCGACUGAUGCGAGGUUCGCCGUGAUGGGGAUCAUUAGCUUCAUCCCUUACUUCAAUUGGCUGAGUUGGGUGUUUGCGUGGCUUGAUAGUGGUAGACAGCGAUAUCUGGUGUACUCAAUUGUGUACUUGGCUCCAUACUUGAGGACAAAUUUGUCACUAUCACCAGAAGAAAGCUGGUUGCCCAUUGCUAGCAUAGUUGUCUGCAUUGUUCACAUUCAGCUAGAAGCAAGUAUUAGGAAUGGUGAUCUCGAAGGCAUCCAAUUUUUUGAUCAAGCUCUGAAGUUAUUUUCCUCGAUGAUCAGGAAGAAAGAUACCGGGGUUCAAAGUUACCGAGAAACCCCUAAAAAGGGAAGGAGCGAGAGGGGCAUUGAGCUGCCUUCUACACAUGAUUCAAGAGAGAAAACUUGGGAUUCGGGAAUCACAAGAAAACCAAUUGAUGAUCUAGAACACCUGAAGGAAAACUCUGAUGUAGAUGCAAAGGAAUGAAUUCAGAUUAGUUUAGCAGGAGACCGUAGAACCCUGCAGCUGUGGAGGACUCCAGUGGGUCAAGAGUUUGAAAGGAUCAGAUUUGACUUAUUUUGGUUUCGAUUCGUGUUUGGCUUGGCCCUUGCCCUUAAGUUGUUAAGAGUUGGACUGAAUCAUGCUUUGUUAUUUCAACUUUUUGAGACACCGUAGAGUGUGAAUUAGCUAAUUUUUCUACAUAACAUAUCAUUGUAUUUUGAAAAUAUUUAAGUAAAAAAGAAGUGAGUUGUCACCGGAUCACCUAAUCAUGGUGCUUUCUUGAUGA